GGCCGCCCAUUCGCCGGCGUCGCACACACCUUUGUGCCUGACUGGUCGUUGCUCGUUCUCAGCACCGCCCUCGGCGGACUCUCCACCUGAAUGAAGCGAGGGGCGGGACUGGACUGGAGUGGACGGCCAGCAAUAACUGCAGAGUGAUUACAGUGUAGCGGAGCUCCGUUUCCUUUGUGUAUCUGCACUCAAUUUAUGCGUUUCGUUGCUGAAAGCCAAGAGAAUUGCACGCCACUGAUAAUGUCUGAGAAAGACCCGAGCUUCAGUCAAAAUCACCCUGACUUCAUGUGCAGAGUGGAAAUAAUGGAGACUGGUCCAGCACCUUCUGAGGUCUAUGAGCGCUCCUGCGGCAGAAGAACACAACAAGGUGACAUUGAGGCAGUUGAAGCUCUCAUGUCAAUGAGCUGCAGCUGGAAAUCCGAUUCCAAAUGUUAUACUGAGAUGAGACCGCUGACCCCAGCAUCUGAUGUAUCUGAGGAAGCUGAAGAUAGUUUACUGCCCAGUUCUAGAGAUUUCCACACAUUUCCUCUGUUUUGUCUAACUCCACCAUACAGUCCACCUAACUUUGAGGCACCUCAAAUAGUUCAUCCUGCAAUGCCAGUCCCUUCCACUGUACUGCCUAAAGUGGAACUCCUUUUAUCCAGGCAAACCACCAGGGUCACUGAAGCAGCAUUGCCAAUGAUCUCGCACAGUGCAAAAACAGUAGCUGUAUCUACAAAACAACGGUCCCAAGCUACAAGUGUGAUUCGUCACACUGCCGAUGUUUUAGCCUGUACAAAUCAUUCUUGCCCAGUUAGGGUGACCCAGAAUUCUGCUGAUCAAGAAUCAAAAUAUGGGACAUCUCCAGUGGGCAGAGUUGAAGAGAAAAGAUUGGAAAGUAAUAGCAGUGGAUUGAACAAUUGUGCAUCACGUGAACUAAGUUCUUCAGUGCCACCAUUCAGUGAAACCAAUAGAGGGCUAACAGUGAAGAAAAAUGAAAGCAAAUAUUUAACACAGACUGUGAAUUGCACCCCACUGUUGGGGCAAGCUCUAUUUUCGAGUUCCCAGUCUCCUGUCAUAACUCAGAAUCAGCAAGCUUCAACAUUGAUGUCUUCAUCAAUUUCUUCCAGUAUGCCAUCAAUGCCCAUCAUCUGCCAAGUGCUGCCUGUCAGUACACAAAAUCCUGCCACAAAGCACCCAACUGUGAGCCCACCUGUUGUCUUCAUGGGAGCACCAGUUUCCAAAGGUGCCCUAAUGUUUGUGGUACCACGGCCUACUGUCAAGUAUACAAAACCACUGGUCAGUAGCCUGAAUGGCACCAAGCUUUCUCCUAUUGCACCAGCCCCUGGCAUCAUGCCACCCGUCCAGACAGUUGUUGCUCAGGUUGAUGUUUCUCGACACCGGAGUCACAUCUGUGAUCACCCAGGCUGUGGAAAAACCUACUUCAAAAGCUCUCAUCUGAAGGCACACAUGAGGACACACACAGGUGAAAAACCCUUCAGUUGUAAUUGGGAAGACUGUGACAGGAGGUUCGCUCGCUCCGAUGAGUUAUCGCGACAUCGCAGGACCCACACAGGUGAGAAGAAGUUUGUGUGCCCAAUGUGUGAGCGUCGCUUUAUGAGGAGUGAUCACCUGACUAAACACGCCCGCCGACAUCUUUCUGCUAAGAAGCUCCCAAACUGGAAGAUGGAAGUGAGCCAACUGAGUGACGGUGCCUCACCAGUCCCUGCUCCUGAAACUGUGCAGCCUCACUGACUACAUUAUGCUGACAACAUCAAAAAAAACACUUCCUUCAUUGGAAAAGUAAUUCACUUCUGCAAGAUGUUUAAGGGAACACAAGAAUGGCAAGAUUAUAUGUACUAUGAAUGAUUUCUGUAUGACCAUGAGCAGAAUGUGCUGAACUGAGGUCACAGCCAUACAGGGAACUAGCAUGGACAGUAUGUUACACAAUCAGGAACCAGUGACUUGCUGCACCCAGAGAAAACAGUGUUUGUUUUAGCUUGUGUGACAGCACAGCUGAGAGAAUUGGGAAGUAUAGAGAGGGUUCUCUGUUUACAAGCCUAUCAACUGGGGUGAGAUGUCAAAGAGCUGUUCCUUUCUCUUGCUGUGCGUGAUUGCAAGGAGCAGUUAGCUGCUUGUCAGCUCAUUGGCACCUCAAACAAGCUUCAGUCCCAGUGAGCAGAGUAUGCGAGUGGACAGUAGCAUCAACUGGUUACUGUAUCAGUGUGAUAACAUGCCCACAAUUGGAGGGGAUAAGGACCAGUAAAGAGCUAGUAUGUUACAUACAGCACUGAUCACGAUCCAUGUUGGUGAGAGGAAGAAAUGAUAGGAACUGUGGUGUCUGGUAGAAAGCAGCAGAGACCAGCAAGAAUGAGCACAAUGAUAUUGUAGUUACCUCUGCCACUGAUUUUGCAGUAGAACUAUGUCUCCAGGAUGAGCACCGACAUGGCAGGAUCACAUCAGCCACCUGUUAUAUGCCCAGUCCAUUGUUUGGGAGGCAGGUAUAUUGGAUGGGACCCAUAACAGGCUGAAGCAAUGUUACCAGCUUUCUGCACAUGCCCCAAUAAAUUUCAGCCCCAAUUCCUCUGAUUUUGGAAAUGGUGAGAUGGAGCAUAAGGAUUUCUCAGCAGAUGUAUGCAUUUAUAAGGCUUAUGAAGGUGAAUACUGUUAUUUUUGUGCUUAUUUUCUUUUUGAAUGGGACUGCUAAAUUUACAAAAACAGGAAGUUAAAUUUUUGCAACUCUCCCUCUUUCAGAGCAAAGGUGGAAGUUUGUCAUAGGAUCUCUUCACAAACUGGGGUGAGGCUAUUGCUAGACUUUAAAGUAAAUCUUACCACUGUACGCCUUUAGAAUUUUGUACAUACUUGUGGUAUUAUUUAUUUCAAACCAUCAAUAGUAACUACUUAGGAAUUUUGUUACUGAACCAAUACAUGGAGGAAUUGCACAUUACCUCCUCUGUUCACAGUUUGCAUACUACGAUGCAAAUGUCUAUAUAUGUGCAUCAGUAUUUUCCUGUAUUCUGCAUUACAGAAUUUAAUUGUAUGUCUUUUUUCUCCAUUUACAGUGGCAGUGUCUUGAAUGGAAUGUCCCCUCUGUGAGGACAACAUCUCAUUCAGUUAACUGUACAAUCCUUUUUAUCGAGCAAAGUUAAGAACCUGAAAGCUUAAUUGUUGCUCGCUUUAAGAGUAUUUACUUAAUGGUGCACCUUUUCUAUGAUUUGACUACAAGAAUUUUUCUUUCAUAAACUUUGUUUACAUACUUGUUAAAUACUCGGCAAUAAAUUUUCUAUUGCACAUGA